AGUUUUGUAGGACUCAAUUCUAUCUGCGAAUCUUCGUCUUUUUUUAUAUGAGAUCGAUAUUGAGGUGAAGCACUUCCCUAGCACCUAAUCCGAUUGCUAGCAACAUUUUGUUGUGCACACGCUUAACCUGUUCAAAACAACUGGCUUCCCCAACUCAACAGUGGUUCUUCCAAGAUCCGGGGACUUCCUGCUUUCACAAUCCGCGAAAAGUUAUACACUUCUUCUAGACAUAUAGCAUUACCUUGAGAGUUCUAAGUUGUAGAAUUGGCAUGUGCAGAUUGCACAAUCAACAAGGUCAAGAUGUAUCAUUUAGCGAAGGGAUUAUAUCGAUAUGCUACAAGUAAAGAGGGUUAGUUCAACUUCUCAUUUGUCUAUAUGCUCUUUAGUUUCUGCACCCAAUACUUUUGCGCCAAUGCGAGCUCUUGGGAUAUGAGGUUAUAAUUUAGUGAAAGUCAGAUCUCACUUAGUAGAUAUGAACCGCACAAAUCUUAUCUCAAUCCUCAAGUUCGCUCUACCAGCAUGACUCUUCAAUUCUAUUCUUUCCUUCACAAAUUAACCUCUCUCUUAGAAUACUCCGUCCUACUUCUCGGUCUCGAUAAUGCAGGCAAAACUACCCUCCACACCCAAAUCAAAUCCCUUUAUUCCCCGCAUAACCCCUCCCCCGCAGACCCGUCACAACUAAAGACUGUCCCCACCGUUGGUCAAAAUGUCUCCACUAUCGUUCUUCCAGAUAUGUAUUUAAAGAUCUGGGAUAUAGGUGGUCAACACUCUUUGCGCAAAUUAUGGCAAUCAUACUACACCAGUUGUCAUGCUAUUGUUUUCAUAAUCGAUAGUACCGAUAUUGGUUCUGGUGAUCUUGCCGAUCUUGAUUCUGAUUCUGGGGAUAAAGAUGUAGGGAGGUUGGAGGAAUGCAAAUUGGUUUUAGAGGAUGUUUUAAAAAGUGUGGAAACGGAAGGGGUACCUGUGUUGGUAUUGGCGAAUAAGCAGGAUAGAGAGGAUUGUGUAGAAGUAGUGAGGAUUAAGGAAGGAUUGGUGAAGAGGGUUUUGAGGGGAAGGAGGUGGUGGGAUUAGGGAUAGUAGGGUUUUACCAAUUAGUGCGUUAGGCGGGACAGGUGUGAGGGAAGCGGUUGAGUGGGUAAGGAGUAGAGUUGUUUGGAAUAGGGAAGGGAGACCACCUGUUAUGCGAUAGGGGUGUGUUGUGAAGUUAGAUGAGGGAAGCACGGUUCUCCAUCCAACCGAGGUGCAGAAUAAAAGAAGGGGGAGUAUCAUGCGGAGUUGAGGAGAAUAGACAGGAAAAGAGUCGAGGAAAGGGAAGGAAUUUGCUUUUCGUUUCUCCCAUUUGGUCCCUUUUGUCUGUUCCCAUCUACAAUUUUAGUAUCUCAGCUAUUGGAGAUAAGAUUCAUUUUCUCGCACAACAUACGGGCAGGGCAAACAGGGUAAAUUAUCUCAAAUCGCCAGUCUGGAAACUCUUGUCCACAUCAGCUGAGAAAGUCGUCCCCAGAAUCAAUCAACUCUUUCCGGGUAACAAGUCAGACAGAUGCCGAAUUGGAAAGAUAUGGAGUCCUUUUUAGUUUCUAUUUGAUAUGAUAUUAUGGACAAGCAUGGAGUUCAGCGGCGUUGUCUAUUUGAAUUUAUAUGAUCACAAAGAAUAGGAGAUGGAAAUGAAAGAAGGAAGGAAGGGCAUAUUAUAUAUCAAGAGUGAAAGGAUUUAGAACAGUAGAAUUGGAAGUAUAAAUAUAAUCUAUCUUUCAGUCUAUAAGUUUUUUCUUUC